CAUUCUUGAAUCUUGAUUAUGUUGAGGCUAGCAGGUAAGAUAACAAUAACAAUGGAGGCUUUGAAGGUCUGGUCAUCAAGGCCUCUGAGGCACUUGUUUCAUGUAGCUUCUUCUUCUUCUUCUCUUCUUCCCACUUCUAAAUCUUCUACUUUCAUCCGCUGCUGUUCUUCUUCUUCCUCCGCCACCGGUGCCGCCGCUGCCACCACCGCCGCCGUGCCAAAACAAGCCGGGAGGGGUAGGAGAUCACCCGCCGCUCCCAACACUACUUCCACCUCCGACAGAGACGCCAUUCGCGCUAUUCGUCUCAAAAAGGUGGAAGAAUUAAGGAGCAAGGGAUUUGAGCCGUAUGCUUACAAGUGGGAUAGAACUCAUACUGCUAAUCAGUUGCAAGAGAUUUAUAAGCAUCUAGAAAAUGGUGAAGAAUCAAACAGUGAGAAUGAUCGAGUUUCGAUAUCGGGCAGAAUUGUGGCGCGUAGGGCUUUUGGGAAACUCGCAUUCUUGACUUUGAGGGAUGAUUCUGGGACAAUUCAGCUUUACUGUGAGAAAGAAAGGCUUGAAAAUGAUCAGUUUGAGCAAUUAAAAAGCCUGGUUGAUAUAGGCGAUAUAUUGGGUGCAAGUGGCUCGAUUAAAAGGACCGAAAAAGGGGAGCUUUCUGUAUGUGUAAAUUCGUUUUUGAUUCUCACAAAGUCUUUGCUUCCGUUACCGGAUAAGUUUCAUGGUCUAACCGAUGUGGAUAAGCGUUAUCGGCAACGAUAUGUAGAUAUGAUUGCGAAUCCCGAGGUAGCUGAUGUGUUCCGUAAAAGAGCAAAGAUUGUAUCAGUCAUACGGCAGACUGUCGAAUCCGUGGGGUUUAUUGAAGUUGAUACACCCGUUCUUCAGGGAGCGGCGGGUGGUGCAGAAGCUAGACCGUUCAUUACACACCAUAACUCUCUUGGUAGAGAUCUUUACCUAAGAAUUGCCACCGAACUCCAUUUGAAGAGAAUGUUGGUUGGAGGAUUUGAAAAAGUAUACGAGAUCGGAAGAAUAUUUAGAAAUGAAGGCAUAUCAACUCGUCAUAAUCCAGAAUUCACAACUAUAGAGAUAUAUGAAGCUUACUCAGACUAUGAAAGCAUGAUGAACAUGGCUGAAGAAAUUGUAACUCAAUGCGCUCUUGCGGUAAACGCGAAGCUUACCGUUGAUUAUCAGGGCGUAGAAAUCAAUCUGGAAAGGCCUUGGAGAAGGGAAACAAUGCACAAUUUAGUGAAAGAAGCUACGGGGAUUGAUUUUAUCGAAUUGGGAAACGAUCUUAAUGCUGUUAAAGAAGCCACUUUUAAUGCACUCAACAUGGGUCCAAAUAAUCAAGACCGACAUUUGAUUGAAGCAUGUUCGUCAGUUGGUCACCUGCUUAAUGAGGUUUUUGAGAUGGUGGUAGAACCUACACUUGUGCAACCUACAUUUGUGUUGGAUUAUCCGGUUGAGAUAUCUCCUUUGGCUAAGCCCCAUCGGAGGCAUGCAGGCUUAACAGAGAGAUUUGAACUAUUUAUUUGUGGUCGGGAAUUAGGGAACGCGUUUUCUGAGCUAACCGAUCCUUUGGACCAGAGAGGACGGUUAGAAGAACAAGUGAAGCAACAUAAUCAAAAGAGAGAGGCCGCAGUUUCGAAAGCAUCCGAUACAAAAGAUGACGACGAUGAAACAUCGUAUGAAGUGACUCUCGAUGAAGAUUUUUUAACAGCGUUGGAAUACGGGAUGCCACCGGCUUCAGGAAUGGGACUUGGGGUUGAUAGGCUGGUGAUGCUUUUGACAAAUUCAGCCAGUAUUAGAGAUGUUAUUGCUUUCCCAGUGCUUAAGAUUCAACAAUAAUAUACUCUCCAGUUUUGAGUUUUAAGGUUUGUUUUAAAAAAAUGCAUAAUAAUAUUAUAUUAUAUUAUAUCACUUUAAAAUAAUUGAACCUACAAGACAACAACCAUUUAUUCAACUGAUUAAUAUUCUUCCAUGAUUUUAUUUGUUGUGACAUAAAGAAUUGACACCAUUGUUUGUCACUUGCCCAUAUGUAUUAUUUCGUAGAUCUUAUAAGUUAUAUAUAUCAUGUGUGUUGAAAA